AUGGUUAAAUCUUUCAAAAACAAGAAUUCACACCAAUGUGAUGUAUGUGAAAAAUCUUUUAUCAAGGCAAGUGUUCUUAAAGCUCACAUGAGAGUCCAUACUAGAGAGAAACCUUUCAAAUGUGAUGUUUGUAAAAAGUGUUUUACACAGGCAUGUACACUCAAUGUUCACAAGAGAAUUCAUACUGGAGAGAAACCUUACCAAUGUGAUGUUUGUAAAAAGUGUUUUACUACGUCAUGUAAACUUAAACAUCACACUAAAGUUCAUACUGGAGAGAAACCUUAUAAAUGUGAAGUUUGUGAAAAAUGUUUUACCAUGAAAGACAAUCUUAAAGUUCACAUGAGAACACAUACUGGAGAGAAACCUUAUAAAUGUGAUAUUUGUAAAAGAGAUUUUGCCGUCGCAAAUUAUCUAUAUGUUCACAUGAAAACACAUACUGGAGAAAAACCUUAUAAAUGUGAUGUUUGUAGAAAAAGGUUUUCUAUUGCAUAUUUACUUAAAGUUCACAAGAGAAUACAUGAAGAUGUAAAGCCUUACCAAUGUGAAGUUUGUGAAAAGUAUUUUACUGUACACAGUUCACUUAAAGUUCACAGGAGAACACAUGCUGGAGAGAAACCUUACCAAUGUGAUGUUUGUACAAUUUUUUUUACCAGGAAAACCAAUCUUAAAGUUCACAUGAGAAUACAUACUGGAGAGAAACCAUAUAAAUGUGAAGUUUGCGACACGCACUUUUCUCAGACAAGCAGUCUAAAUAUACACAUGAGAAUUCAUACUGGAGAGAAACCUUACCAAUGUAAUGUUUGUAAAAAGCGUUUUUCCCGAUCAAACGAUCUUAAUAUUCAUAUGAGAAAACAUACUGGAGUAAAACCAUACCAAUGUGAUGUUUGUAAUAAAUGGUUUUCAUGGAAAGCAUCGUUGGACAAUCACAUGAGAUUUCAUACUGGAGAAAAACCUUUCAAAUGUGAUGUUUGUAGAAAGUGUUUUACUUUGAAAUCAUCACUCAAGUACCACUUGAGGAAACAUACUGGAGAAAAGCCAUACAAAUGUGAUGUUUGUAAAAAAUGUUUUACUAGAGUACAAAGUCUUAAUGUUCAUUUCAAAAUUCAUACUGGAGAGAAACCUUAUAAAUGUGAUGUUUGUAAGAAGUGUUUUACCUGGAAAACGUCGUUUAAUUAUCACAAGAGAACUAAAUCUGAAUGUAAAAACUGA